UGAAAACGAUAUUGGAUAUUGACCUGUACUUCGGCGGAGAGCGGGCUUGACAACGGUUGGGUUUUCUUCCAACUAUCCAUUCAACAAUAGUGUAUUCCAAUGGAUGUUGAAUCAUCAGAUGUCGGACAGGUGUUGGUUGAGCAAUACAAAAAUCAAGGAAAUUCAUGUUAUAAACAAGGCAUGUACAAUGAAGCGAUUACAUGGUACACAAAAGGCAUAGAUAUCGAUAGUGCUAAUGUGCUUCUGUACAAUAACCGUUCCGCCGCUUACCUGAUGAUUAAUAAACCUCUUGAUGCCUAUAAGGAUGCUAGCAGAAGCAUAAGUUUGGAUUCCCAAAAUGUAAAGUCGAUACUACGCUGUGUAAAAUGUUGUCUUGUUUUGGGUGAUUUAAAUGAAGCUAAACGUCUUUGCUCAAUCAUUAAACAGUUAGAACCAACUAAUAUGGAAUUUUCUUCAUUGCUACAAAAAAUUGAACUACUUUCAGAAACUCACCGGUCGUACGAAGAUAAAUUAUCCGCUUCUGACUUCCGACACGCUCUUCAUCUAAUCACAAAGUGUAUUGAAUUAGCUCCAGCUUCAUUAAGUUUCAAUUUAGAAAAGGUGAACGUCCUUAUUCAAUUAAAACGAUUCACAGAAGCCAAGAGUUUGGUUGAAAACUUAUUAAAUUCCCAUUCUUCAUCAGUCGAUCUACUUUUUUAUCGAGGGCUGUGCUUGUACUAUUUGGAUCAUUUAGAUAAAGCAAUUACUCAUUUUCAACAUGUUCUUCGCCUUCAUCCAGACCAUAUAGAAACUCAGAAAGCGUACAAACGUGCCAAAAAUCUCUUGAAGUUUAAGGAAGAGGGAAACACAUUUAUCCAUGGUCACAAAUAUUGUCAAGCACUUGAGGCCUAUACAAAAGCUUUGGAAGUAGAUCCUUUACAUGAUAUGAUCAAUGCAAAACUGUAUUGUAACCGUGCUUGUGCCCUAUUUUAUCUUGAUCGUUUCAAUGAAGCGCUAAGCGAUUGUGAUAACGCAAUUUCAUUGGAUCCAAACUAUUUAAAGGCUCGGAUUCGACGGGCUAAGUGUUAUUCAUCUCUUGAAGAAUAUGAAAAAGCCGUGGAAGAAUGGACUGCAGUUGUAAAAUUAGAUGGAUCAAGAGAAAAUAAAAAAUGUUUACAAGCUGCUAAAUCUGCUCUUUCCAAGUCUCAACAACGUGAUUACUAUAAAAUACUUGGUUUAAAAAAGAAUGCUUCUUCGGAUGAUAUAAAACAAGCGUAUAAAAAAAGUGCACUUUUAUAUCAUCCAGAUCGCCAUACAAGUGCCGAUGAAGCUACUCUGAAAGAAAAUGAACGGAAGUUUAAAGAGAUUGGAGAAGCCUACAACGUAUUAUCAGAUCCUGAGAAACGUCGUCAAUAUGAUAGUGGUGAACUCUUAGCGGAUGAUAGUUUUGGCCAAGGGAAUGUAUCCGCUCACAAUUUGUUCACUCAAGUCUUUCCUGGAUUUGGAACGUCUACAGUACAUGUUUAUUUUGGUUGAUAAUUUAUGCACCAUUGCAUGCAGUUUAUGCUGGAGUAAGUCAACAUCACGUGUAAUAAGCCCUUCCCAUCUGUUUGUGUACAAAAAUUUGACAACAAAAUAUAUUUAUAGUUUACCGGAUUUCUGUGUUUAGUGUUUCGUCUCUGUUUGACACAUGUAUGUUGAAGCCAAUAUGUUUAAAUUUAUUCUAAAUCGAUGAUUAGCGUAAUGUUGGAGAUAAUCAACUUGGUAAAUUGGUUAAUUUUUAAUGUUUUUUUUCAUCUAUGCUGUUAUUCAUAUCCAGAUCCUUACCAUUUGCUUGUACAUACAUAUAAUAUUAGAAAUUUUAAUCUUGAUGAAAUAAUCAAUUUUAAAUGAAUUUCCAAACUAGUUAAUGUUGAUUUUUUUCGCUGUAAGAAUGGUUUUCGAUGUUGUGACAACGUGAUUAACACAAGGUUGUCGAAAUGGUUUUUAUUCAUUGUCUUCCUAUUCUUAUCAUUUUUCAUACUUUUGAAAUUAACUCUGUAAUGACAGAACAACCUUGCUUAGUUCAGGAACCUACUUCAAGUUCUAGUGGUAGAAAAAAUGGUGUUUUAAGUUUUUCAACUGAUCAUAGCCAUCUAAUUGUCGUGAUUUAAAAUUUCUUUCAUUGCUACAAAUACAUAAGUUAUCAGUCA